AUGGGCGACGGGGCGGCAUGGGUGGGGCAAGGAGGCGAGCUUGAGUCGGAUCCGGAGGGUCUUGGCAUCGCGGAUCCAUUCCCGGUGGUGGCGGCGGCUGGCGUCGCGAGUACGACCGAGGGCGAGCUCCUUGGGGCGGCGGCCAUGGAGGUCGUCCGCCACCCAUCCCUUCCGCCACCCAUCCCAUGCCGCCGUUGGUGGCCCUCGUCGACGCCGCCGAGCUCUGGCGCCCCGCGGCCCGCGGGGCCGGUGGCUGGGCCACCGCCGCCGCGCUCCUCCUGCUCCUCGUGGCCCACCUUUCCGUCGUCCUCGUCCGCCGCCGCCGUCUCUCCACGGGGCGCAACCGCCGCCGCGCUCCUCCUGCUCCUCGUGGCCCACUUCUCCACGGGGCGCAACCGACGUGGCCUAGACGAAGAACUCGGUACCUGCAGCUUUAUUCUGCAGUGCUUGGUUUGGAGCAAGCACUUUGAGUGGCGCAUAUGGGCUUCGCUGGUCCCGAUAGUCGGGGGGGUCCUCCUAACCUCAAUGACAGAGCUUAGUUUCAACAUUUUUGGUUUCUGUGCUACCAUGAUAGGCUGCCUCGCCACGUCUACAAAGACCAUCUUGGCAGAGUCCCUGCUCCACGGAUACAAAUUUGACAGCAUUAACACAGUAUACUACAUGGCACCUUUUGCCACCAUGAUACUGGCUCUUCCAGCAAUGUUGCUUGAAGGAGGUGGUGUAAUUGACUGGUUCUACACACACGACGUCUUUUCUUCGCUGAUUAUCAUCCUAGGCUCAGGGGUGCUUGCAUUUUGCCUGAACUUCUCCAUCUUCUAUGUGAUCCAUUCGACCACCGCAGUGACUUUCAAUGUUGCUGGCAACCUUAAAGUUGCCAUUGCCGUGUUGGUUUCGUGGCUGAUCUUCCGGAACCCGAUCCCCCCAAUGAAUGCAAUCGGAUGCGCAAUCACGCUUGUCAGUUGUACUUUCUACGGGUAUGUGAGGCAUCUCAUCUCCCAACAGAAGGCUGCUGCCCCUCUUGGGAACCAAGGAACGAACUCGCCGAGAAGUUGGGUGGAGAUGCUCCACCUUGUAGGUGACAAGGAAGAUAAGGUCUAGCAAGGCAGUACUCCCAUACCCAGGACCCGUUCAUUUCAGUGGUUGAUGGUACAUUACGGUUUGGCACACAGAUGCUGAGUGAGUUGAGGGAUGCCAGUAAAUUGGUAUGGGGGCAACACUUUUGUGAAGCUGCAUAUGUUGUACUCAGGCGAACUGUGAGGGUUUGUUCAACCCCCGGACGAUUCAUGCGAUUAGGAUGGUGCUUCUGCUUUCUUGUUUUGCUGCCAUAUGUUUAGACCCUGAACUGCUGGAACUGCAUCCAUGCCUCCAGAAUGGCCGCACGGCUAUCAUCAGCGUCGUCGAUAUAAUAACCGAUUCUUCUGAGAAAGGACUUAAGGUAUU